CAUAUUGAUGGCUAGUACUACAACGGCUGCACCAAUUGCAGUUGCAGCUCCUACUGAAAGUAUUAAUGGGUCAAGAAGUAAGCGAAGACGAUACUUUGCAAAUGGAAGAAGUAGGACCAUUGAGUUAUCUACACUUGCUGAAAUUGAUGAAGAAGAGUUUGCAAAAAUUGAAGGAGCUUCUUCCCAAACCGAAGGUGUUCUAAAAGUGCUCACAACGCAAGAUGAUAUGUGCAUUGGAACCACAGGUGGAAGCUAUAAGUCUCUGAAACGAGGAUCUGUGAAAGCUCAAGCAUUGAAACUUAGUGAGCGACUGGCACAAAAAGUAGCAACCGAUAAUCUAGCUAAAGAACGUGAAGUGAAGAAUGAAAUGGAAAAACAGAGCUGUUCGAAACCAAUUGUAGUUGAUGUGAAGUUACGAAGAAAUCUUACCGAAAUUCGAAAAGAUAUCAGGAACUUUGAGACUACAACGGAUUUUACAACCUCACAAGAUUGGGCACAGCAACAACAACAACAUCAACAACAUCAUGAAUUUCAACCAAAUUGUUCUAUUCCUAUGCAAAGGCAUCCAAUAUCUCGAUCAGCUUCAUUUGUUGCACCAACUCCAAUGAUUGUAUAUGGAAUGCCUCCACCUGGAGAUAGAAUGUCAGUUAUGGAUGGUCGAUGUGACAGUAGAAUUGGAGAAUAUGCAAUGCCUUUAUACUAUAUGCCAGCUCCACCACCACCUCAACCAAUGUUUCUUCCAUAUCCAGGAUCAAAAAUGGGAAUGAGUCCAUUUGAUCAACCAAGUAUGGUUAUGAUGCCUGGACAUCAUGUUAUGCAAUAUCCAGAAGUACAAAUGAGACGAAAAAUGAAAUCAGGUGGAGCAAAUGCACACAGACGGAAAUCCUGGUGUUCAAGGAUUUGUUGCGCGGGAUUUGCACAGUUACUUUGGACUAUUGUAUGUAUUAUAUCUUUCGGAAUAAUUGCCUCAUUGAUUUUAGCGUUAUGUUAUAUGUAAAUCAUUUAAUCCACUAUUUUUGUAUAUAAUUUUCAAACCAAACCAAGCAACAAAUCAAACAUUCCGGCGAGAUUCAUUAAAUUAAAAUAAAUAAAAUCAAUUCAAAGACGUUU